AUGACCUACAAAGCGGUGAUGUGUCUCAAAUUCAUCGUCUAUUACUGCCCGAGAGCAGAGCGUGUGCUCAAAAUGGACGAUGACUCGUUCGUCAACGUGGCCGCUCUCAGGGAGUUUCUAAAAACUCGCCCUGCCUACUCAAACAACGAAAUAAUGUGCGAUGUCAUGACCGGUACAGGACCGAUAAGAAAGAAAAACAGCAAGUGGUAUGUCACUCGAGAAGAGUACCCGGAUAACUCAUACCCCACUUAUUGCUCGGGCUGGGUCGCAAUGUUUACGCCCAAGACUGCGUCGCAACUGUACAAAGCUGCGCAGAACGCUUCGUAUUUCUGGGUGGAUGAUGUAUUCCUCUACGGCAUGGUUGCAGCUAAAGUUGGAGGUUUGAAGCUUACCGAUAUAAGCCGACGGAUUCUACCCACGAAGAAGGUGCUGAAAGGGUACUGCGGGAACUCGACUUUUUUGUUUGCAGGUCCGAAUGUGAAUGCGGACGUGAUAAAGAGUUGUUGGAUGCAACUGCGAGCUAAAGAUAGAACUGUCAAUAGCAGUAGCGGAAAGAGAAAUACUCCUGUAGCCAGAAAUUGGUGAACAUUUUACCAUGGUGUGCAGUAUUGGCAGAAUUCCAGACUAUUUACAACUAAACUGAAACGGUUAAGAUCUAGAGAAGCCGACAUGAUGAUUGACAAGUUCGACUCAACAACAACCGAUGCAGCAGGAAUCCAGAAGUUUAGUAAAUAGUAUUACAGUAGCCUGUGGAAGUUUCUUUGAAAAGUCAGAAUUAUUUCAAAGGAAUUCGAAAGAAUUAUAAAUUUAAGGAGUUUUGGUACAUCGGGUUACUGGUUAUAUAGUAAGGUCUGAAAAAGUCCUUGACUAAAAUGGCAAAGAGAAAAUCUGAUAUUACAGAUGACUAAAGUGAACACGGUGUUAAAGGUGAGAUAUACUCGAUUUGGUAUAACAAUUUUUGCCUUAUUUCGUGAGAAAAAGUGGUGCGGCUAUAUUUUUGAAAAUUAAUAUCAAUUAAUGUUAAUAACUUUGGAAUGGCUGAACCCAUUUCGUCAAACUUGGAAGCAUUGAAAAGAGCUCUUCUUCGCCUAGCAACGCCACCCAAAACGGAGGAUUUCGAUUACUUGUAGCGCCGUUACAGUGCGUCUUGCGUCACCACUACAAAUGAAGUCCCUUUUACCAAAAAAAUUAAACACAAUUCAAUUAUAACAAAAUAAAUUAUUUGUUUAUGAUAGCAACACACGGGCCUUACCAAAUACAAAAUCUUUCUUGCUAGGUUCUCUUAUGUAUUUUAUUAUUUUAUUAAUUUCAGGUUUAGUGUUUAAUAUUUAUAAUUAAAUCUGUUCUGUAAAUCUAGAAAGAUUAAUGUGAUGUAUAGAGAUAAUAUGAUUAAGAUGACUGUAGUCAUCUUAUCAUUCCAGUGAAACGAGCAAAAACAUCAUCUACGUAUCCAAAUAUAAAAGAAUAAAUCAAAAAGCAAAAAACUAAAUCUGUUGGAAGCUAUGGAUAUUUACAAAAUGAUAUAUUCGAAUUUAUUACUUAAUGAUUAAUUGUCAUAAACAUUUUUUAGUCUGACUUAAUUGUGUUAAGCGAAUUUCCAUCAAAUAAAAGACCCCUAAGUUCAAAAAAAUUAAUGCAGCGAUAUCUAACGAUAAAUAAAAACAAAAUAAUGUCAUUUUUGGGAAUAUUUUCAGGAUGCUCGGGAUUAGCAAAAUAUAUAUGCAUUUACUGAAAAACGCCAACAUUUAGAAUGUGAAGAAUAAUGAAUACCCAUGUCCAUAUGAUAUAUUACAAUUACAAGAAAAAAUAACACCACCAUGAUAAUUUUUGCUAUUUCCCUUUCCAAAGCCCACUGGGAUUUAAAAAUUUAGAAUUUCUUAUAGAUAGAUGAGCAAUAUUCAAUCAUAUUGAUUGGGUACUCAUUAUUAUUAUUAUUUUGAAAACAACUUUCGGAUUUUAAAAAUAAAUUUAUAUAUAUUUUACUAAAUAUUAGAAAAUUACGAUUUAAUAAUAUUAAUUGCUGGUAUAAAGUAAAUAUUCCCCAAAACGUAAUUUUCAUGCAUUUUCUUAUAUUUUAGGUUAGAAAUCAAUUAUCGAAAUGCGGUAUUUACUAGCCUAUUCCCUAGUUUGGUAUCCAUACUUGCCAUAAAAGUGAUAUCGCUGCAUUUAAUUUUUUUGCAAAAAUAAAUCCUAGUUAUUGUAAUGUCGCACAACGCCCUCUAGCGGCGAUGCAACCAAUCUAAAAUCAUAUUGCUCAGGGAAACGUUGAUGUAAUAAAAAAAAGCGCUUUUCAACAACUCCAAGCUUUCGCUUAAGAAAUAAAGUCAAAACCACUUAACGCCUUCAGGCCCUUUCUAAAGAAGAUGGAUGAAGAAUGACGGAUGAAUGGAUGAAGAAGAAGAGAGCCAAUUUUAAGUUAUUUUCAAUUAUCAAAAAAUACACAGGGUGUCUAAUAUGGAAAAUCGAAUAUGCGGUUGAUGAUUUAUAAAAUAUGCCUCGUAUGAAUUAUCUUUACAAAGUUUUCCAUAAAUAAAGAACGAUUAAUUAAACAUGCAAAUUUUUGGAAAACAUUGAGGAUUUUGUGAAAAUCGGGAGUCAGAUAUCGACAUCAGCCCCUCUAGAUACCUGUUCAAUAGAUGCCAGCGCCAGUUUGCAAAAUAAACAAUAAUUUACAGGGCGUUUAUUAAUUUGGGGCCAACACUUACUGGUGUGAAAAAGGUUAAUAUCAACAUAUGCUGGGAAAACUUUUAAUUUGGAGUCAGAUGAUGUUAAAAUUCAAUUAAUUCUUUUUUUUUUCUACCCAAACAAUUGAUAUCACUCCAAAGUAGAAAUCGCUGGUGAAAAUAAACUUUCUUCCCAAACAAGUAUGCCAAAGCAAUCUCAAUGAAGUAAAGAAAUUUUUUUUUCAUUUUGAAUGUUGUAGACCAACUUUGCUAUAAUAUUAAUAUUUAGAAAAAACAAUUUCUUUCCUGAAAAACAUUCACUUCAAUCCUUGGUAGAAAUUGAUAAGUAAUUAUUAACAAGUGUGAAUUAAAUUUCACAAAAAUACCUUAAAUGAUGAUAAAAAGUUGUUAAGUAAUUUAUAUAGUCUGUUUCUUUGGAUUAAGGAGUAAUCAAACAUUAAUUAGAUAUUAGAUAUAGAUUACAUAUAUAAUAUUACGUUAAGUGUGCAUGGAGGUACCUAAUCUAGUAUGUUUGGUGCCCUAA